AUGAAUAUUUCAAUUUGGAAUUAUAUUUGGAUUAAAGACAAAGCUUUAGCAGAAUUACACCCUGAGAAUGAGUUCUUGAAGUUAUUUCUAGAUAUGAAAGUAUCAGACAUACUGUUAGAGGGAGACUGGGUUAUUCCUAUAGAAAUAUUAGAAAUGUUUGAUAUUACUGAACUUCCUGUUGCUGAUAAUAAAGAAGAUAGAAGAACCUGGAGUGCUAAUCUAAAUGGAGAAUUCACUGUGGCUUCAGCAGUGGAAAGUAUCAAGAAGAAACAACCAAAACUUCAGUGGACUAAAAAGGUAUGGAAUCACUCAAUCCAUCCAUCUAUCUCUAGUAAUGUCUGGAAAUUGAAAAGAAAUAUCUGCUCUACUGAUGACAACAUGAAGAAAAGAAACUUCAAUAUUUCUUCUAGAUGCCCAUUUUGCAGAAAUUCUGAAGAAAAUAUGGAUCAUAUAUUGUGGAAUUGUAACCACAGUGAAAUUGUGUGGAAAUGGCUUGGUGACAUGUUUUAUUUUAAAAAUCCAAGAUCAUUUGAGGAGAUUUUCAAUCUUGCCAAUCAAAAAAGCCCAUCAGUGAAAGAAAUAUGGUUUUUGAGAAAUAAGUGUGUAUAUGAGAAUGAAAUCUUCAAUGGUCAAAAGCUCAAGACUAGAAUACUAAAGCUUACUACUGAGAAUGAAGUAAGAAUGAAGGCAAGAUUUGGAAUUCAGCAUAUGAUUUACAGAGGAAAUCCUGGUAAUUCAGAAUAUGUAUUUGUUGGAAAGAACUCAUGGGGUGAAUGCAUAGUGGAAAUAGCUGGUGGACUGGGAGUAGCAACUAACUAUUAUGCAGAGGUGAUGGCUUUGCUAUGUGUAGGGGAAUGGGCUGUGAAAAAUGGUAAGUUGAAUGUCAUCUUUAGAAUAGAUUCUAAAGCAGUAAUAACAACAUUCACCACGGGUCAGGUGACUUGGUUUGCCAUUACAAGAUGGAGCAAAAUCAUUGCAUAUCUUCAAUAA